AUGGCAAGUUGCUGCGGUGCAGCAACCUGCUCUGCUGUCUGUAGUGCAUGCGGAAAAUGCGGCAACAGUGUGGCUACUCGUAUCUCCUACGCCAUGAUCCUUUUAACGAAUUCCAUUCUGUCCUGGGUAAUGCUCACGCCGUGGGCCAUCAAAAAACUCCAAAAACUUACGCUCGACCACAUGGAAAUAAGCUGUCCUGAUGGGCCUUGUUACGGCUGGAUAGCUGUGCAUCGGAUAAAUUUCGCACUAGGAGUAUUUCACUUGAUACUUGGAGCUCUUCUCCUCGGGGUUAAUUCUUCGAAACAUGCCCGGGCAAACAUUCAAAAUGGGUUUUGGGGACCAAAAAUAAUUGCCUGGCUCUUACUCAUUGUCGUUUCCUUCCUAAUUCCCGAAUCGUUCUUCUUUGUAUGGGGAGACUAUAUUUCUUUUGCAGGGGCUACCGCUUUUCUUCUCCUUGGACUCAUUCUAUUAGUCGAUCUUGCCCACAGCUGGGCAGAAUACUGUCUCAAACAAAUGGAUGAUAAUGAACAAUCGCCGUGGCGAUUUAUACUUGUUGGCUCGACUUUGGGAAUGUACGCAGUAUCCGUGGCCAUGACUAUAGUCAUGUACAUUUUCUUCGCCUCCACAGGUUGCACUAUGAACCAAGUAGCUAUAAGCCUUAAUCUCAUUUUUUUUCUGGUGGUAAGCGGUAUAUCCGUUCAUCCUGCCGUGCAGGAAUUCAAUCCACAAGCCGGGCUUGCUCAAGGCGCAAUAGUUGCAGUGUAUUGCACAUAUCUCACAAUGUCUGCUGUAUCCAUGGAGCCAGAUGACAAACAUUGUAAUCCUCUUAUUCGCGCCCAAGGAACUCGUACAACAUCGGUUGUGAUCGGUGCCUUUGUCACUAUGCUUACAGUCGCUUAUACCACCACCCGUGCUGCGACUCGAGGCACUGCUCUCAGCGGAAGAGGAAAGAUUCGUCUUCCUGAAGAGGAUGUACACAACCUUGUCAUUACUCAGCCAAAUAGUCGUCGUCAGAUGCGUGCAGCUGCUCUUCGUCAGGCGAUUGAAGAAGGUAGCCUUCCUGCCGAUGCCCUGCUUGAUGAUUCCGAUGUUGAUUCAGCUUCCGGCCCUCCACGCGACGAUGAGAAGGCGACAACGCAAUAUAACUAUACGCUUUUUCAUAUCAUAUUUUUUCUAGCUACUGCGUGGGUAGCUACCCUCUUGACCAUGAACGUUGAGGAAAGCACUAAAAAUGGCGAUGAUUUUGCGCCAGUAGGCCGAACAUACUGGGCAAGUUGGGUUAAGAUCGUGAGCGCAUGGGCUUGCUACGGCAUCUACACUUGGACACUCAUCGCGCCGAUGGUGUUGCCCGAAAGAUUCGCUUAUGAUUAA